UGUCGUUUUCAGUUCAAAUUUAUACCUGUGAGCGGUGCCGCGAAUUUUCUCAGUAUUUUCUGUUUUUCCUUGUAAAAUAAUGUCCAGUUUUGUGUAAAAGGUGUCCAAAAGUGUUGUGAAAUAAUGUCCAAGCCAAGGGAAGCAAUUAGUGUGCGCAAUACGCGUCUCACGAAGGCUCUUUUGGCCAAAAACGAUACGGCGUCCAAGGAGACCCUCUCCAAGGAAAAACUUCUUGAUGCGUUUAUUGUUCUCUACGAUGAAUGCAAUCGCGAGAAAAUCAAGCGAACUGACCGAAAUGUUGGGGAUUUCAUCACGAAAUAUCGCCCAGUAGUCGAGGAAACAAAGAUGCUUCGGGUGAACUUGGGAGAUUUUACUGUGAAAAGUCUCAUCGGGAAGGGAUAUUUUGGGGAUGUACACUUGGUUACAGAGAAAACAACAAAUGAUGUGUAUGCCAUGAAGAAAAUCGAAAAAACGGCCAUCACAGCGUCCCAGGUGAAGGAGGAGAGGGAUAUCAUGGCCAUGAGAGCCUCAGACUGGAUCACAUCGCUCCAAUACGCCUUCCAGGAUGCCAGGAAUCUCUACCUGGUAAUGGAGUAUCUUCCAGGAGGAGAUCUACUGAGUCUAAUGAUCAGGAAUGGGGCAUUUAAGGAGGACAUGGCUAGGUUCUACCUUGCCGAACUAACCCUGGCUCUCAAUGCUCUCCACACCAUUGGAUACGUCCAUCGGGAUGUCAAACCCGAAAACAUCCUUGUUGAUCGCUGUGGACACCUUAAGCUUGCAGAUUUUGGCAAUGCUGCUCUGAUAAAUAAAGAUGGAAAUGUGAUUAGCCUAUCUCCAGUCGGAACUCCCGAUUAUAUUGCUCCGGAACUUCUCAAAGCGCUUACGAGCACCGGGAAGGGAUCAAAGAUGAUUCACGAUGCCACUUGUGAUUACUGGUCUAUGGGAAUCAUAGGGUAUGAGUUGGUGACGGAAGUUACGCCCUUCCAUCAUGAGAAUGUCAAUGAGACUUAUGCCAAGAUCCUUGCCCAUUGUGAAAAAUCUUCUUCAGCUCCCAGACUCAGGUAUCCUGAGCAUCUGGAAACUAGUGAGCCUUUUAGGCAUUUAAUUGAGAAUCUGCUGAGUGGACCCGAAAAGCGAUUGACGCACGCUAGAAUCCUCAAACAUCCUUUCUUCAGGGGUGUUAAAUGGAGUGAAUUGCGUCAGCAGGUUCCUCCAAAUAUUCCCAUGCUCAGCAGCGAUGAUGAUGUGUCAAAUUUUGAGGAUGUCGAGAGGAAGAGCAAAAGAAAUACUUUUGUCACGAAGACUUCAGCUUCAGCUGGUAGAACUGGGGAGUUUUCUGGGGAAAAUCUGCCAUUUAUUGGAUACACUUUUAUCCAUGAAGAAGCAUCAGUGAUUCCGGAAGAACUUCAGCGUCCCACGGAAAAGCAUUUUGAGGCCAGAGUCAAGGAAAUGACUCGUCUGGGAAGGGGUCAAUGUGAAGAAAUCCGGUCACUUCAGAGCAAACUCCUCGGUGCUGAGAAGAAGGUAACGGAAUUGAGUUCAGUUGAGGAGAAUUUCAAGAAAUCUCGCGAGGAAGUGGCUUCACUGAGGGAACAAUUGAGGGAGAAGCUUGAAGAACUUGCUUCAUGUCGAACUGAAAUUAAAACCCUCAAAGGUUCACUGAAAGUUGAAGAAGAGCAUCGAAUUAAAUAUGACAAAUCCAUCACAGAUGUCCUCCAAUCUACCUACAAGAAAUGGGAAAACACAAAGAAUCUGUCUGAUCAGAACUAUGAGAAGCAAAUUGCAGAGAAAGCAACUCAGAUUGCACAUCUCAAUGAGAAACUUUUGGUCAAUGAGAAGGAGUUGGCGGCCAAGAGUACAGAGUGUCAGCACUUCUUGACCACGAUUGAGAAUUACCGGGAGAGGCUGAAGAGCUCCAAGGAGCAAAUGGCCAGCGAUCGUGCCCAGUUUGAACGAACAAAAAAAGAUCUGACUGAAGUGUACGACAGUAAGAUUCAGGAACUCAAAAAUAAUCUCAAAAUCCAAGAAGAUAGUCAACGGGAUGCUGAAAAGACCAUAAGGAAACUCAAGCAAGAUCUCGAGGCCAAUCAAGCCAAGCAAACUUCCUUCCAGGAAGCCAGGAGAAUGUCACAACGCGCCACUGGAGAUCUGAGGGAAAGAAUUAAUGAGGAAAUCGAAGAAAACCGGCGAAUCAGGGAGAAAAAUUGUUCUCUAGAGCGAGAAUUGGAGGAUUUAAGGGUGAAAUUUGACGAUCUCGAGAAGGAGAAUCAAGCACUUCAUGCAGAAAUUGAGAAACAAACCGCAGAGAGUCAUCGUUCAUCACUUGCACAGGAGGAGAAUUUCAGAAGCUGCAAAGGCAGUUGGCAGGAUCUCAAUCUAGCUGUUGAAGAUCACGAUCAACUUAGGUCAGCCCUAGAGCAAGCAAAUGAACGUGUUGAAGCUGAGCAGAAGCGUGCUGAUGAUUUGCAGGCUAUGACUCGUCGACUUGAGGCAGUAAUAGCUCGCCUAGAGUCAACGGACGCCGGCAAAAGCUCCAGCAUGGCAUUGGAACUGGGAAAAGCGCAGGAUGUGGCAGAAGCUAAGCAACAGUAUCGAUCGGCGAUGCUGGCAACGUACAAAAUGGAGAAGCAAAUUGAUGAUCUGAAUGAGCAGUUGAAGGUUCAAGGACGGAGACUGGAAUUGAAGGUGGAACGCUGUGAGCGUCUGGAGAAGCAAAAAAUGGAAAUUGAGGUGAAGUGGAAGAGUAGUUUGGAAGCAGUUGCCAGUAAGGAUAGAGAGAUUGAGCGAUUGCAGAAGGAGAUUGAGCAUCUGAGGAGGUCAGUGGAUAAGGAGAAUCAGCAUUGGAGGACUUCCGAGAAGGAACUGAUGAACCAGAAGACCCUGGUUGUUGAGCAAUUGGCCAAGAUUCAGAAGUUGGAGGAGAUUAUUGAGGAGGGCAAAAGGACUCUUCGGGGCCUUCAGCAGAAGAGUGAAUCGGCGAAUUUGGAGAACAAGAAGCUUCUCCAGGAGAUUUCGCGGGAGCGUGAGGAUCUCCAUCGGACAAAGGAUAGUGCCAGUGAUGUCCAGACUGAACUGGAUAAUCUUCGGUUGCAGUAUAAGUAUUUGAAGGAGGCUUGUAAUGUCAUGGAAGUCCAACUAACUGAAUUGGAGGGCAUGGUUGAGACGGAGAGGAAGAGAAAUAGCCAGCAGAAGGCAACAGUUGAUGAAUUACUAGUGAAACUCAGAGCUAAAGAGGAGGAUUUGCUGAAGCUCAAACAAACUGUGCAUACUCUCGAGGCUGACAAAAGAGCCACGGAAGCCAAGUGGCAACAGACUCAGAGUGAUUUGGUUGAUGCUCGUGAUCAGCUUGAGGAUGUGUCCACCAAACUCACCAGUGAACAGAAGAAUCUCCUGGAAACAACUACAAAUCUUCUCGAUGCCCAGGAACAAAUGGAGCUGACCAAACUCGAGGUUGACAAUCUACAGAUGAUCAGCAAGAACUUCCACGAUGAACUAACAAAAAUGAAGGAGGAGAACACGAGGAUUCUCACGGAUCUCUUCACAGCAAAAGAGGAAAUUAGUAGACAGGCGCAUCAGCUCAAUGAAGCUUCCAUUGAGAUUUCCGAACAGAAACACGAGAUUGAGCAUCUCAAUGGGCUUUUAGCUGAGCAGAAGAACUACUACGUGCAGCGAGAUAUCAAAUCUGAAGCGACUCUGGCGCAGCACAAGAAGCUCAUUGACUAUCUUCAGGCCAAAGUGGAGGAAUUGUCGCACAAGAAGAAGAAUACGCUGCUAGACAAAAUUUUUGGCGGAUCAGAUUCCAGUCGCAAGGAGAAUCUUACGCCGAAUGUAGCUCUGCUGGAGUCCACGGGAAAGCUGAAGCACACACAGGAGCAACUGAUGAGGGAGAGGCAUCGCAAUAGUCAGUUGACUGAGAAGCUCCUCAAGGCGAAAACCGAGAUUCGAUCGAUGAAAGAACCUUCAGCGCCAGUUUGGGAUGAAGUGAAGCAGGCCAGUGAUGUGGAAGUUGAACAGGAACAGCGAAAGGACUUCCAGAAGCGCGAUGAAGAGAAGUUAUCUCGACAUUCCAGUGGGAAACGGAGUUACAGGAUGCAUCAUCUGGAGAUGACAAUGGAAGGAGAAGAUGAGCCCAAUGUUAACUGUCUCGUGUGCCAGGAUCCCAUUAUGACCAGCAACACUUUCUGGCGCUGCCGUGUCUGUCAGUGUACAGUGCACAGGAAGUGUCGUGGCAAGGUGACUUCGUCUUGCGAUGGUGAAUCUCUUCUGCCGCCUCUGGAAGCGAUUGAUGAAGUUGAUGCUGUUCGUUCCGAGAGGGAAGUUUGUGAGAGUUUGACGGGGGAUUCGUAUCGAGGUGAGUUGCUGUUCAAGCCGACAGAUUUGUCUCCACCAGUUUUGGUCCACUGCAUUUACGAAGUGAAUGACGAUACCAUUUUGCUGGGAUGCGAAACGGGACUGUAUUCUCUGCAUCUCCGGGAAUCUCGUCAAUUGAUUCCGAUUGGUGGCCUGGAGUGUGUUAAUUAUAUUGCGAUUACGCCUACACUGGCCAAGGUGAUUCUUGUGGGAAAUGGUGGAGAAUACCUCUAUCAGUGCGAUCUGAGGCAUUUAUUGGCCAGAGGAAGGCGGCUUCCAGGAGUGCAGCAGCCACCGGAAAAGUUGGAAGUUUCAAUGUUGGAUCUUCCUUUUGCCAAUCGUCAGAGUAACGAACGCUGGCACUUUGCUCGGAUUCAUGGGGACAAUGAAUGCCUGGAUCAGGCCAUGGUGAUCGCAGCUACAACUUCCCGGAUCGUCAUAAUGCGCUUUGACACGGAAAUUGGGAAAUUCAGACCGACACGAGCUCUGGAUACUGCAACUCCUGUAACUGGUGUACUUUUCACACGUUACACGGCAAUUGUGAGCUCAGACAAAUUCUUUGAGAUUGAUUUGAAUUCCCUGGCCGCAGAGGAAUUUGUCGAUUUGUCCGAUUCGAGUCUUGCAUCAACGCGUUCUUGGCAACCUUUGGCCGCCUUUCAGAUCACCGAUUGCGAAUUCUUGCUCUGUUUUGCUGAAUUUGGAGUGUUUACGGAUGAAUACGGAUGUCGCAGUCGUCAGGAAAAUAUCUCCUGGACAUAUACUCCAACGGGAUUCUACUUCCGGAAUGGCAUUCUCUUCAUAACUCACUUCAAUACCGUUCAGGUCAUGAGAAUCCGAAGGAUGUCCUCGAGAAAUUCUCUAAAUGCAGGUCAGGAUGGUGAAGGGGCGAUGAGAAUUUUUCUACCACUCCCAAGGCCCAAGAUACUCAACAGUGCAGGAAAAUUGGGUGUUUAUGUACUAGUGACGGAAAAUGAGACAGAUGAGCAGAAGAUUGUGCUCGUAGAUGGAGCUAAAGCCUUUGGGGAUAGCCUAACGGGUUCUCUGGAUACUCUAACCACAAUUUCCAGUACCACUUCAUCACCCACAACUUCCUCUUCCGGAUCUCUCAAGAGAGUCAAGAGUAUUGCGGUUUGAGUUAUUUGCUUCCCGGACCUAUUUUUAUUUUUACAGCACACACUUAAUUUUUGUACUUGCCCACAUUUAUUUGUCUUAUCUUUCGUGCUUAUUUGAUUGUUGUAUUGUAUCUUUUAUAAUCUGAGGAAUCUUUUGAUAAUAAAAUCCUGAAAUUUCCAGUGAAAAA